AUGACAAAAGAAAAAAUUACUAGUAGUAAUGGAUACGAAAAAAUUGCUGACUCAGAUAGUGGUGAUGGAUCGUUAUACCUGCCUAUCGAUACAAGAGUCACUGCUUUUUCAGAGAUGCUGGAUGCUACUGGUGAUACAAUUCAAGCAAUCGACAUCACCAUAACUACAGCAGGUUGUGCGAUGGCGGGAGCAUCAGUCGUUGCUGGAAGUUUGGGAGCAGUCACAAAUUUUGCAGCAUUUGCUCCAUUGAUCACCGAUGUAUUGAAAUUAGUUGAAGGAACCGUAAAUCUCUACCAAACUGCCGAACACAAUAAACGUGUUUGUGGUGUACUGUUGGAUCGUAUGUUUGCGGCAGAAGCUGCCGUGAAGAAUCUCGAAAUACGUAAAAGUGAAUAUCAUGAAUUCUUUAAAAACGUUAAUAAUUUUAGAACUUUUCAGAAGUUUAAAAAUACGAUCGAAAAAUCCAAACGAUUUAUUGCGGAAAUUUCGCAAAUAAAGGGUCUAAGGAAAUUUACGACUGGCGUAUUACAAGCUAAUCAGAUCAAAAGGCAGUUUGAAGAAUUGACGCUAGAAUUUGAUGGGCUUAUGGCACAAUUGCAUUUUACUAUCACUAUUGAUGCCAAGUCACAACAGCAAAAAGAUCAUGAAGUAUUUGAGCAAGACAUGGAGGAUUUAAAGAAUUAUCUUGAUACAAUUAAUGGUGGUAUUGUAACUCUUGAUGGUAAAAUUUCAUAUGCCAUCGAAGGAAUACAAGCACUAAAUUCACUUUAUCUAAGACAACAACAACAGACCAACAUGCAACAAUUAAACGUAUUAGAUGUUAUUGGCGAUAAACCUUUGGAUAUUAAUGAUUUCUUUCCAGCAAGAGAAGAAAAUAAUGAAGGAAAAGUGCAAAAACGCAGAAGAAAAUUAGAUAAUAAUGAUGUGGCAUUCAAAGAGGUGGCCUUGACGGAGGAGCCGGAAUCAGAUAUCCAAACACAAGUAACGAUUCUGAAGAAACUACGCGACUCCCCAAAUAUCAUUCAAUUCUAUGGCUUGGCAAAUGAAGGUACUAAAAAGUAUUUAGUCACUGAAUGGGCGCAACAUGGAAAUCUUCGAGAAUUCUAUUCGCAACACCCUAAUUUGUUUGAUUGGAAAAGAAAGAUUGAAUUUGCCCUGGAUAUUUGUCGUGGAUUAUCUUAUCUUCAAGCAGUCGACAUUAUUCAUCAUGACAUCCGAAGUGAAAAUAUUUUCAUUAGCGAUGGUUAUAAAGCAAAAAUCGGAAAUUUUCGUCUCUCGAGAGGGCUUAGUGAAGCCACAAGAAAUAUUGGUGCAAAUGUUGAUAAUGUACGUUAUAUGGCACCUGAGAAAUUAAGUAAUCGAAAAUAUUAUUAUGAUUCUAAGUGUGAGAUUUACAGUUUUGGGAUAUUGCUGUGGGAAAUAGCAGAAGCAAAAAGACCUCAUGAAGAUAUUCCGCAUGAUAUUGUCAAAAUACGUCAGAGAGUAGUUAAUGACAAAUAUCGAGAACCCUUCUCUAAUCCAAAUACUCCACUUGAAUAUAAGAGAAUAGUAAACGAAGCUGUCCACGAUGAUCCCAGUAUGCGACCUUCUAUAACUGAUUUCUUUAAAACGCUUUAUCCUAUCUGGCUAAAAACACAGCCACCGCCGUCACCUAGGCCAAGUUUUGCUAAUAUACCACGUCAACAAUUUCAACAAAGAGAAGACCAGCAAGACGAACACGAACCCGAAUUUCCAGAAGAAGAAUUAGUAAUUGAAACUCCUAAGAUAUCAUUAGCUGAAGCUAUCAAAGAACACAGAAAGAAGAAUAAAAAGCUUGCAUGGGAUACAUUUAAUGAAUAUAAGGGCAUUGGAGACCUCUUAGGAAAAUAUUGGGUCGGAUACUACCUUUAUUACAACAUUCUUGAUUGGACUGAAGCAGAAAAACCUAAGGAACAACGGUUGCGUGAUGCCGCAAACUUAUUCAAACAGGCAGCAGAUGACGGUGAAAUCCCAGAAGCUGAACUACGAUAUGGUUAUUGUUUAUGGAAAGGAGAUGGCGUUGAAAAAGAUGCUUCGCACGCAUUGAAGUAUUUCAUUCGGUCGGCUGAUCAUGGAAAUACCAUUGCAAUGUAUAAUGUUGGGAAUUCAUACUAUAAUGGAUUAGGAACGAAAAAAGAUCAAAAGAAAGGAGAAGAAUAUUUGAAAUUAGCCGCAUAUCAUGGGCAUCAAGAAGCUACGAAGAUGUGCAAAACGAAUGGUAUUGAAUUGUAA